UCACUUCCACUUCUACUAGGUGGGCGGAGUGGCCUCCUGUGGACGAAUCAGAUUCUUCCUCAGCCCCAACUUCAAGAGGUGAGCCAGGGGUUCAGGGUCCCAGACACGCAGGCGGCAGCAGCAGCAGCAGCAGCAGCAGCAGCAGGAGGCGUGGGGAAGAUCCGGAGCCAGAACCAUGGAAGACCAGCGCGACCUCAUCUCCAACCAUGAGCAGGUGCCCAUCCUGGGCCAGCGCCCCGCAGCCCCGGAGAGAAAGUGCAGCCGUGGAGCCCUGUACACGGGCUUUUCUGUCCUGGUGGCUCUGCUCCUGGCCGGCCAGGCCACCACCGCCUACUUCCUGUUCCAGCAGCAGGGCCGGCUGGACAAGCUGACCGUUACCACGCAGAACCUGCAGCUGGAGAGCCUCCGCAUGAAGCUGCCCAAGUCUGCCAAACCUGUGAGCAAGAUUCGAGUGGCCACCCCCAUGCUGAUGCAGGCGCUGCCCAUGGAAGGCCUGUCCCACGGGCCCAUGCAGAACGCCACCAAGUACGGCAACACGACACAGGACCACGUGAUGCACCUGCUCCUGAGGGCCGACCCCCUGAAAGUGUACCCACAGCUGAAGGGGAGCUUCCAAGAGAACCUGAAGCACCUCAAGAGCACCAUGGAUGGCCUGGACUGGAAGGUCUUUGAGAACUGGAUGCAUCAGUGGCUCUUGUUUGAAAUGAGCAGGAACUCGCUGGAGGAGAAGCCCACUCAGGGUCCGACAAAAGUACUGACCAAGUGCCAGGAAGAGGUCAGCCGCAUCCCUGCCAUCCACCCGGGCGUGUUCAAGCCCAAGUGCGACGAGAACGGCAACUAUAUGCCGCUCCAGUGCUAUGGGAGCACCGGCUACUGCUGGUGCGUCUUCCCCAACGGCACCGAGGUCCCCCACACCAGGAGCCGCGGGCACCACAACUGCAGUGAACCACUGGAAAUCGAGGAUCUGUCGUCUGGGGUGGGCAUGGCCAAGUAGGAUCUCAGCCAAGUCAUCCUAUGAGAACAGCAGACGCAGCCGCCAGCACCCAGCCAGCCCUGCAUGGCCGCAACUCCCUUGUGCCCUUCUGUCCCCCAACCCUAGGUCCCCUCCUUCCCUUACACCCAACCUCCUCCACCUGCCGUCACCCACCCUGCACCUCAUUCCCUGAGACUCUGGUGCCUGGCUCUCCAUCAUCCUGAGACGAGAAAUCACCUCAGAACAGCACAGAUUAACAACGCAGGGUCCCCAACACUGCCCAUCAGCAGGGACACCACACCCAAGGAGGUGGGCCAAGACCUGGGCUGACCCCCAUUUCUGACGCCACAGCAGCCGCUAGCAUGGAGCUCCAAGAUCUAGGCCCCUGGACGAGGCAGGCAGGUGCAGGGAGAGGGGGCGACGCUCCCCCAAGUCCGACACAUUUGCUCUCCCUCCCCUCUGGCUUUUGGCCUCAGCAUUCCAGCCUGUUUAACUAGGGGGAUGAGCCACCCUUUCUGUCCCCAGCAUCACUCGGCCAGGAAGAACCAGCCUCUCCACCCACAACCCCUCCUCACUCUCCGCCAACCCCUAGUUCCCUCUGCUCAGCAAGCUUGUCACCAGCCCCUAGGGUGGCGGCUCCUGUAAGAAUAAAAGGUAGUAAGUAGACCA